CGCAAGCGGUCAGCUGAAGAAACUCUCUCCGUCUCUUGUUUUCCCUCCAUGUGAAGGAAAAGGCUGAGCGAUGAACGAGAGUGCAGCGCUCAACGAGAGUGGCGUGGGUUCACCAGAGUCCUCAUGGCUGGAAGCCGAAGCCUUUGAUGUCAACCGGACUCUGGCGCUCUCAUCGGCAGCCCUCGAGUUCCACGUCAACCCAUGGGACAUCAUGCUGUGCCUGUCCGGGACGGUGAUCGCCUGCGAGAACGCCAUCGUGGUGGCCAUCAUCUUCUACACACCGACGCUUCGCAACCCGAUGUUCGUCCUGAUUGGCAGCCUGGCCACCGCUGACCUACUGGCUGGCAUAGGAUUAAUCCUGAACUUCGCUUUCCAGUAUCUGGUCUCAUCUGAGACCAUCAGCCUUAUUACAGUUGGAUUCCUGGUGGCGUCCUUCACAGCGUCCAUCAGUAGCUUGCUAGCUAUUACGGUUGACCGCUACCUGUCACUAUACAACGCCUUGACGUACUUCUCAGAGAAGACGCUGCAUUAUGUGCAUCUGAUGCUGGUGGGAACAUGGGGUGUGUCGCUGGGAUUGGGACUGCUGCCUGUUUUGGGCUGGAACUGCUUGGAUGAUGCAUCCACCUGCAGCAUUGUGCGUCCGCUCAAUCGUACCAACCUCACCCUCCUCGCCACGUCGUUUUUCGUCAUCUUCGCCCUCAUGCUCAGCCUGUACUUCAAGAUCUGCAAGAUAGUGUGUCGUCAUGCGCACCAGAUCGCGCUGCAGCAGCAUUUCUUCACCACCUCGCACUAUGUGGCCACCAAGAAGGGCGUCUCCACGCUCGCCAUCAUUCUGGGCACGUUUGGCGCCAGCUGGCUGCCCUUCGCCAUUUACUGUCUGGUCGGGGAGCGUGAUUAUCCACCGGUGUACACAUACGCCACGCUACUUCCCGCUACUUACAACUCCAUGAUCAACCCCAUCAUCUACGCCUACCGCAACACCGAGAUCCAGCGCUCCAUCUACAUGCUCUUCUGCGGCUGCUUUCAGACCAACGGCUCGUACAGAUCCAGAUCGCCCAGCGAGGUUUAG